AUGAGUCACAAAAAAAUCAGAACUGAAUCGUCCAUAUCAAUCAAUAAAUUAAUUUCUAUGGCAACCAAAGGGGAGAUUCAAAACAACAAAAUCGAAUUUGAGCCAUGGUUGGAGCUGAACAAGGUUGUAAUGGUGACUGGUGCAUCCUCAGGUCUUGGCUGGGAGUUUUGCUGUCACUUAGCCAAAUCUGGAUGCAGAAUUAUUGCUGCAGCUAGGCGCGCUGAUCGACUCGAAUCGCUAUGUAAUAAGAUCAAGAAUGAGUUCCCACUCGCUAGAGCUGUCGCAAUAGAGCUCGACAUAAGCGCCACCGAGGCAGUCAUUGCAGCUCAAGUAAACAAGUCUUGGAAUGUCUUUGGAAGAAUCGACGCUUUGAUCAACAAUGCCGGUGUAACUGGAAAUCUUCAUGCUCCCUUGGAUCUAUCGGAAGAGGAAUGGGACAACGUUAUUCGAACAAACCAAAGGGGAACAUGGCUAGUGUCGAAGCUUGUGUGCAAGAAAAUGUGUGAUUCCGGGCAAGAGGGCGGAUGCGUCAUUAAUAUAUCCUCAUUUUCUGCCGUCAAUCGGGUUAUAUUUAGUGGCGGUCAUUCCUAUGUUGCUUCUAAGUCCGCUAUCAACACUAUAUCGAAGGUUAUGGCAAUGGAGCUCGGGCAAUAUGGUAUCCGAGUAAAUUCUAUAUGUCCGGGCAUAUUUGAAUCCGAAAUAACUAAUGGUCUAAUGAAAAAACCAUGGCUGAAGAAAGUUCUUUCAAGAACAGUUCCUUUAGGAACUUUUGGGACAGUAAAUCCGGCAUUAACAUCGCUCGUAAGUUACUUAAUCCACGAUUCUUCCCCAUACAUCACUGGUAAUAAUUUCAUCGUCGAUGCCGGGGCCACUUUGGUUGGUGUCCCUAUUUUUUCAUCUUUGUAA